AUGGAUGGGGCUGAGCUGGAUGGCGGCAGCGCAGAAGUGCCUCUUCCGCAAGGCUGCCAGGCGGAUGCUGGGGCUCCCGGGGAGCCGGCCGGCGACCAAGCAGCCGCAGCAGCAAGUGCACAGCCGCCGUCGCCACCACCACCACCACCACCAGCAGCCAUGGUGGAAGAGCCCGCCGGGGAGGCUCCCCCCUCGGAGGGCUCCGCCGCUGCUGCCGCCGCCGCCUCGGCCGGCAGCGCCCUCGCCCCCCGCGCAGCAGCAGCAGCAGCCCCUCCGGAGCUGAAGAAGCAGCAGCAGCAAGGGGUCAAGCGGCACCACCACAAGCACAACCUGAAGCAUCGCUACGAGCUGCAGGAGACGCUGGGCAAAGGCACCUACGGCAAAGUCAAGAGGGCCAUCGAGAGGUUUUCCGGCAGAGUGGUUGCAAUAAAAUCCAUCCGUAAGGACAAAAUUAAGGAUGAACAAGAUAUGGUUCACAUCAGACGGGAGAUUGAGAUCAUGUCAUCUCUCAGCCAUCCUCAUAUCAUCACUAUAUAUGAAGUGUUUGAGAACAAAGAUAAAAUUGUGAUCAUCAUGGAGUAUGCAAGCAAAGGGGAAUUGUAUGAUUAUAUCAGUGAGAGACGAAGGCUGAAUGAACGGGAGACAAGACACUUCUUCCGGCAAAUUGUUUCUGCUGUGCAUUACUGCCACAAGAAUGGUGUUGUCCAUAGGGAUCUAAAACUGGAAAAUAUUCUUCUUGAUGACAACUGUAAUAUUAAGAUUGCAGACUUUGGACUUUCAAAUCUUUAUCAGAAAGACAAAUUCCUUCAGACUUUCUGUGGAAGCCCACUGUACGCAUCUCCAGAAAUUGUCAAUGGAAGACCCUACCGAGGCCCAGAGGUUGACAGCUGGGCUCUCGGUGUACUGCUUUACACCCUGGUUUAUGGAACCAUGCCCUUUGAUGGCUUUGAUCACAAAAAUCUAAUCAGGCAGAUCAGCAGCGGAGAAUAUCGUGAGCCAACACAGCCCUCAGAUGCUCGAGGCCUGAUCAGGUGGAUGCUGAUGGUGAAUCCUGAGCGCAGAGCAACUAUUGAAGACAUAGCCAACCACUGGUGGGUUAACUGGGGCUACAAGAGCAGUGUUUGUGACUGUGAUGCCCUGCAAGACUCUGAGUCCCCGCUGCUGUCUCGGUUCAUAGAUUGGCAUCAUCGUUCCAGUGGCUUGCAGCCAGAGACUGACACCAAAAUGAAGUGCCUUUCCAAACCAAAAGGAUCUGAAGUCACACUAGAGAGACAGAGAUCCCUGAAAAAAUCAAAGAAGGAAAACGACAUUGCACAGUCUAUCCAGGAAGGAGGAGUUGAAAAUGCAUGCAAGCCAAACUCCAAGAGGCCAAAAGGCAUCUUAAAGAAAAGGAGCAACAGUGAACAUCGCUCUCAUAGUGCAGGAUAUAUAGAAGGAGUAGUCAAUCCAGUAUUACCCUCCACUUUUAAAAUGGAGCAGGAGUUAUGCAGGACAGGGAUGUCCAGUAAGAACGUUGUGGAGGGGGAGGUAACGGGUAAAUACAGCACUAAGCAGUCUUCCUUAAUGCCAAAAAAAGGAAUCCUUAAGAAGACUCAGCAAAGAGAAUCUGGCUACUACUCAUCUCCAGAACGGAGCGAAUCUUCAGAACUCUUGGACUGUAAUGAGGAGGCAGGGAAUAGUGAUACGUCCCCAGGCAUUAUUGAAACGUUAAGGAUAGAGUCUCACAGUCAUUCCUACAGGCGCAAAGGUAUUUUAAAACAUAGUAGCAAGUAUUCCACCAGUAGCACGGAUUCUGCUUUGAUCAGCCCCGACACACCGAUGCUGGAAGCCAUGGAGGAAGCAGUCCUGCCUGGAGAUGGAUUAUCUCGAAGUUAUAGCCGCCCUUCCAGCGUGAUUAGUGAUGACAGCAUCCUAUCCAGUGACUCUUUUGACUUGGUGGAUUUGCAGGAGAACAGGCUUAGGAUAAGGAGCUGUGUGUCUGCUGAAAACUUCCUCCAGAUCCAAGAUUUCCAAGGACUUCAAAAUCGCUCACGACCACAGUAUCUGAAGCGCUAUCGGAAUCGGACAGGCGAUAGCAGUUUUUCUCUGCUUACAGACAUGGAUGAUGUCACUCAGGUCUACAAGAAAGCUCUGGAGAUCUGUAACAAGCUUAACUAGCAGAGGGAAGAUAGCAGGGCUGGAAGGAAAGGGUUUUGGGUACCUUUAUGAUGGAGUUGGCCCAGUAUCAAUUUGCUGACAGUGGUAGCGUUAUUGAAGUGAUGUUGAGCAGACAGACUGAGCAGAAAUACUUAAAGUUAUGUUGAGGAAAAAUUCAUCUCAUGCUCAUUAUGCAACCUUAUAGCUCAUUCAGUCAAAAUACUACCUAGUAUCCAAAGAAGUUACAAUAAAGUAUGAAGCAGAAACUCUGGAAUCUGGCAGACAGAAAAGGAUCAUAUUGCAGUGGCUGUAAGUUGAAGCUAGACAAAAUGUAAACUGGAAAAAGGGUACAUAUAUUUAUAUUAGAGAAGGUAACUAACCACUGGAAAAGCUAUAACGCUAAAAGUAAAACAAAACUUUUUUUUUCCAAAAAGAAAGUCAAUUGUUAAGUAUAAGAAAUCAUUUGCUGGUAGAUUUGUCAAUAUCUAUAUUCCCUAAGGAAUAUGCACAUGCAGAAGAGGGCUGCCAGCUGCAUGCAUAGUUGCCCAACCAAUGAUUGACACUGCCAGUUAUCAUUUGAUAGUGUCGCCUGCUGAAAUGUGAUUAGUAAUUUGAGUGGGAGUUAUUUGAAUUUAUAGAAAAGUUAGUCUAGGAAAAGAUAGCAAUGUAGUAAAAGGAUGAAAUGUUGGGAGUGAGGAAGAUUUCUUCCAAGCAAAAGAAUAAUAUGAAAUAAAUUCCAUCAGGGGCUCUGGAAAUCUGCAUAAUCACUGUAAGGCUACAUAAAAUGCCAAGGAAAGACCAGACAAGCACACUGAGAAGUAGCUUCUUGCCAGUAGCCUCUCUACAUACCUGUGUGUAUGUAUGUAUGGCUACUGAGAAACUAGAAUGAAUAAAACAGUAUGCAGGCAAGCUUUAAUUCAUUGAAGAUUUUUCAGCAGCAGUCUGGAAAUGAGACAAUACAGUCUCCCAUCACUAAAGGAAUAAGGAAUUCUAAGAGCGGGGGACACGUGUGCAUCUGUGCAAACUUAGGUGAACUAUAAAGAUCAACAAAACUUAUGAUACCAUAAACUGGUAGAAUUUUAGUUGGAUGCAUUGAGUUUUGUAGUUAUAAACUUCAAGGAGUUUUACAGAAUUCCAGAGCCCUUGUCCGUAUGUAAUGCAAUGGGGGAAUGGUUUAUGAGUAGGAAGAAGGUAAUAGGAAAGUAGACUUGAGGGAUUCAGUUUAAGAAUUUGUAUGUAUUUGGGUUGACGUUUCAUAGACAGUGGGGUCAGAUCAGAGAAGACAAAAGAUUUAUUUCCAAUGGGUUUAAUUUAAAUAUUGCAGCUAAAGCAGGGGUAGCUAACCUGUGGUUCUCCAAGUUUUGUUGGACUCUAGUUCCCCUCUGCCCCAGCCAGCAUGGUCAGUAAUCAAGGGUGAUGGGGGUUAUCAUGGAGGGACACAGAUUAGCCACCCUUGAGUUAAAGGCUUCAACUCCCAUAAAGGUACCACUUGGGUCUACUGGAUUACGUGAAUGUAAGCCUCUUUUUAAAUAGGCACUAUGUGUUUGACAGGCCUGGGCAAUUCUGGUCACGGUUAUUCCAGUAAGCAGCUCUUAGUUCAAACAGAGUUGCAUUACUGUAUUAGCUUACAACACCAAAUUGUUUGCAGCUUUAAAACAAAGUCAACAUGCACGCAUAACUACAGGAAAUAGUCCAAGAUUCUUUUCCUGUGUUUAACCAGUGCCAACUUCAUGACUUUAGCUGAAAGCAGAAACUAUCAUACUCUUAACUUGGGGCUCCAAAUGUUUCAGGGAACUAGUGCCAAACUGAAGAGAUUCCAGAGUAAAAGACAAGAAAAUACCUGAGCUGGUGGGAAAUGUUGUUUUAUAUUUCUCAUAAGUAUGCCUGAACUGCCUAUAUGUUGUGUAAGAACACUUUCACUUCACAUUCAGAUGGGUGAAUUAUUUAGUUCCAGUUUCCUGAAAAGGUUUCCUAAUUCUUCAGAACAGCUGUAUCUCUCUACAAGGCAAUGAACCAAAUUAAUUAACCAGUCUUGGUCAAAAUGACAUUGAUUCCUUAUAAAAUCCAUAUACCCAGACUUCUAGGCAUAAGAAUGGAAUCUCUCCCCCUCACCCACCCAUCCCCUGCGGUUGAGUUAGGAUUCUCUGUUUACUAUUUGAUAUAUAUCACAGUAUGAAGCAAAGGAAUAUACCUUCUUUGGAAUUGCAACUCUUAAUAUUCAAGCCACGUGUGAUGUGCAGCCCACUCCUAAAUCAUGUUUACUAAGAAGUAAACAAGUCAAGUAAUUAAGCAUAGAAUUGCAGCCUUGGAAGGAUGCAGAAGUCUAAAAGAUUUGCUGUGCCUUUUUUUUUUAAACAGAGUACCGCAGUAAUUUGGAUAAAACUUUGUAUUAGCAUGAAGAUCAUGUUUUAAUCCAGGCGUGUAAGCCUUGCUCCCUUGGCAGCUGUGACUGAUCUCAGUUGACCUAAUGGAGUUUGAUUUCAGUGGAACAAUACUGACUUACAAUGCCUGCCCAUCUGGCUGAAUUAAAUGUUUAAUUGAUGUAUGUAGUGAAGAAAAGGGAACUCAACUGCCCCGGAGAGAACUAAGAAUCACCCGUACAUCUGAGCUCUACUUAGCCCACAGGGAGAACUGUGGCCCUCCAUAUGUUGCUGGAUUACAACUCAAAUCAUCCCUUUCCAUUGGCCAUGCUGUCUGGGGCUGGUGGGAGUUGGAGUCCACCAACAUUCAGAGGGCCACGGGUUCCUCACGUCUGCCCGAGGCUGUUGCCCAGGCCUGCCGUCUUGUGUACAAAUGUGAAUGAUUGACUGAUUGCUGCCAAACUGGAAAAUGUUCUGUAGGGACUUACUGGCAUGUUACCAUUCCUAGAAGAAGCAGAACACUUGACUGCACAUUGUUAUUAUUAUUAUUAGCGUUGUGUAUUUUUUUUUCUUAUUUAAUUUGGGACUUCUUUUGUAUUUCAAAGUUGACUUUUUAUUUGAAUUUGUCUCUUUUAAUUUAUUGGUCUGAAAGCCAUUUCAAAGGUAUAAUAAUAUAUUUUGGUGUAAUUUAAUUGGUGCAGCAUUAUUCUACAGCUCUGGCCAAAAUGUUACCUUUAAAAAUAAUAAUUUGUUGUUUUUUCUUUUGCUCAUUGUUUGGUUUUAACUCUACGAGGCAGGGGAAAAAGCUGGAUAAUCACCCAAAGUGUUUGUAUUUUUAAUCUGAUACUGUCUUUUUUAUUAAAUAAAAAGUCAAUAAAAUGUGAA